UCCACAGAAAUCCCUGCCGGCAUCACUGGCGGAUCCAGACUUUGUGAUAACAGACUCUGCUAAGCCUUCUCGCCCUGCACAGCUACACAUUGGCUUCCAGGCCCUACAUCAAUUCCGUGCUCGGUACAGCCGGCAGCCCAAGCCUCAUAAUGAGGCGGAUGCAGAAGAACUGAUAGCGCUAGCCCAAGAUUUGAAUGCUCGAGCCCUGCCGGCAGUCCAGCAGGACAGCCUGGAUGAAGACCUCAUCCGGAAGUUGGCAUAUGUAGCUGCUGGUGACCUUGCACCGAUAAAUGCUUUCAUCGGGGGCCUGGCUGCCCAGGAGGUCAUGAAGGCCUGUUCAGGGAAGUUUAUGCCCAUCACGCAGUGGCUGUACUUUGAUGCCCUUGAGUGUCUCCCCGAGGACAGGGGCGCGUCCUUGGAAGAUCAGUGCCUGCCGCGCCAGAACCGUUACGAUGGACAAGUAGCUGUGUUUGGUUCGGACCUACAGGAGAAGCUGGGCAAGCAGAAGUACUUCCUGGUGGGUGCGGGGGCUAUUGGCUGUGAGCUGCUCAAGAACUUCGCUAUGAUUGGACUAGGCUGUGGGGAGGACGGGGAAAUCACGGUCACAGACAUGGAUGCCAUUGAGAAGUCCAAUCUGAACCGACAGUUUCUUUUCCGAUCCUGGGAUGUCACGGUGAGGGGGCAUGCGAUGGUUGUCUCUCUCUUCCUUCAUGUCACUUUCUUGUUUCUGAUCUUAAUGGCUUAGAUGCUUUAACCUCUU